AUGACUGAAGCUCAAGAACCAACGUCCAUGGACUUGUCCAAGGUCGCCAACGUGACAUCCACGGUAUCUUCUUUAGAGGUAUCUGGUGGGCUCAAUCUCCACAUUGAAACCUGGAACGUCCCAGAGGGGACCCUGGAACGUACCGUUAUAGUCUACAACCACGGCUUUGCAGAAAAUGUCAAUCUCUAUAGAGAGUUCUUGCCAUUUCUAGCAGCCGCUGGUCACCGUGUCAUUAUUUUCGACCAACGAGGGGCUGGCGAAACCUCCCCUGGUGAUCUCUACGCCCUCACCAACCAGACUUUAAUCCAUAAAGAUCUUGACACUCUUCUGGCCACCGUGUUUGAUACACUCCCCACUGGUCGACCCCUCAUACUUGCCGGACACUCCAUGGGAGGAGGUAUUGUGUUAGAUUACGCUGCAUGCGGUACACACCGUGCCCGGAUAUCUGCAUUCUGGUGUCUUGCGCCACUUGUGCACACUGCUCCUGAAGCCUCUCCUGGGGUUCUUGUUGAAUGUGUUUUGUUACCUUUGCUUGCAUAUGUUGCUCCGACUCUACGCCGACCCCCAGGGUUAUCAACAGUACGUAUCACACACAAUUCACAUUGGAUGAACUUGUUCCGCAACGGCCCGGAUUUAGGUACUCGUGUGGUGUGUUCUGCUGCACAGAUGAACGACAUGUUGUGGCGCGGCCGGCGGCUGUUGGACCCGCAGUUUGUGCGUGGGAUUCCAGCUGGGAAACCCAUUGCAUUAUUCCAAGGAGUCCAUGAUGAGAUUAACAGUUACCAAGCCACGCGACAGUUUUGGGAGCUCAUCACUGAGAACAGCGAUGAAAAUCGUAAAGUGGAAUUGGAGCGCCGGACAGUUGAGUCUCGCAAAAGAGCAGAUGGGAGUGAGGCUCGUGCCAGUUUAUAUUCAUACGCAGAUAUGGACCAUUGUAUGGUACACGAGACACCCGACCGGCAGGAACUGCUAUUGGCCGAUCUUGUUUCGUUUCUUGAAAGCGUCAGUAAUUAUUAG